AUGUGGCAGGAACUAACAGAACAAUUGAAAAAUAAUACUGCACAGCUAACAAAAUCAGAUCGGUCUAAUCUAUUGGACGACGCCUUCGCUCUGGCCGAAGCAAAAGUGAUUCCAAUAGUGAAUUCUAACCCGUCCGGUACUGCACUAGUAUGGGACAAUGUACGCGAGAACUGGCCAAAACUUGUGGAGCGAUUCACUUUGAAUAGUAGAGACUUGGGUAGUCUCAAACCGAAUAUAACAAUUUCUUUUAAUACAGAAAGCCUGUUAAAAGAGAUGCAAGUAUUCUUCGAGACAUUCCCAGAAGCAGGAGGCGCCGGAGAAUUGUCACGUGUUCGUGCCAUUGAAAAUGUACAAAAUAAUAUUAAAUGGGCCAACUCUUACCAAAGUGUUGUUUUGUCCUGGCUAGAACAGCAAAUGAAAAGAAAA